CCCUUCAACUCUUUUCGUUCAGCCAAAAAAAAAAAGCUAAAACCCUCUCCCCCUCUUUCUCUCAACAGAGCAAAGAAGAGGGAAAGAUGGGAAAAAUAACGUACAAGAGACUGAAAGGAAGCCAAAAUAUGAGGCAAAGGCUGCUCUUAGCAACACUAAAGUCAACUCCAAUUCUCAUAGAAGACAUCCACGCCGACGACACCUUACCGGGUCUCCGACCACACGAGAUUUCCCUCAUCCGUCUUUUUGAAAAGGUCACGGAUGACUGUCUCAUUGAAAUCAACGAAACUGGUACCAAAUUGAAGUACAAGCCUGGGAUUAUAGUGGGAGGGAGUAAUCUGGUGCAUGAUUGCGGUGUUAGUAGAGCAAUUGGGUAUUUUUUGGAGCCUUUGAUCUUGCUUGGGUUGUUUGCUAGGAAACCCCUUUUUAUUAUCCUCAAAGGGAUUACAAAUGAUUCUAAGGACCCAUCUGUUGAUACUUUCCGUUCCACCACCUUACCUAUGUUAAAGCGUUUUGGGGUCCCUUCAGAAGGAUUGAAGUUGGAAAUAAAGAGUCGUGGAGUUUCACCUCAUGGUGGUGGUGAGGUUCAUUUGGCGGUUCCGACUGUUCAGCAGCUAACAGCGACUGUGUGGACUGAUGAAGGAAUGGUUAAGAGAAUUAGAGGGGAAGCUUUCACCGCCAGAGUGAGCGUUCAGCUUGGAAAUGAGAUGAUUUAUGCUGCUCGCGGAAUUUUUAAUCGUUUGCUUCCAGAUGUUUAUAUCGCCAGUGAUUAUAGAAAACGCACAGAAGCUGGAAACUCACCUGGAUAUGGAAUUUCACUAGUUGCUGAGACUACCUCUGGUUGCUGCAUCUCUGCUGAUACUACAAUUUCUUAUCCACGGGCGGAAGAAGCAGAUGAUAUUGAAGGUGAGAAUAACGAGAUGAUGCCUGCAGCUAAUGUUGGUGAGCAAAUUGCUUCCAUUCUUCUUGAAGAGAUUGAGAAAGGAGGAGUGGUGGAUUCAACUCACCAGGGUUUGUUAUUUCUUCUUUGUGCAUUAUGUCCAAAAGAUGUUUCAAAGGUUCGUGUGGGAAAGCUCUCACCCUAUGGAAUAGAAACACUGCAACACAUCAAAGAUCUUCUUGACGUUCAAUUUGUGAUUAAGCCAGAUCCGUCUACAGGGACGGUAAUCCUUAAAUGUUGGGGUUCUGGGAUGAAGAACCUGUCCAGAAAGACAUCCUGAUGACAUUGUUUAGCGGUAUAAUUUUGGUGAUUCUAUAUGUAAUUGACUCGCAGAGGGCUAUGAAUACACUGAUGGCGGGGAAUAUGAUAUUAUAGCUACAUAUGUGCUAUUAACUUGAACUUUGGUGAGACCUAUUUGACAGUAAAAGAAAGUUUUUUGUACAAUAUGUACCUGAUAGCAUUUUAAGCUAAGAUAGUUUAGUUAUCAAAUUAACAUUUGUUUGUAACCACUUCAACACAAUUGAGAUAUUUUUGGUUAGUGUGAAAUGAAUAUUAACUGUUUACUGAUGGGGAA